CGGUAAUAUUCCAUCUCGACUGCUCCUUUCCUCGCGCGACCUUCUGCGAGUCGGCGAUCCGUCCGGCGCCGAAUUCUCCCUCCUCCCUCAAGGUUUUCGAUUCCGAUCGAGUUUGAUACCAGGCUAUCGCGAGAGAUUUGUUCUAUUGAUCUGUAGGACGCGUCAUCUGUUGAUGGUAGUCUGCCGAUCGAAACCCUAGAUCGCAAUCUGUUAGGUUUCGGCUCUGAUUCGAGGGGUUGGUUGGGGGUGAUCUGUCCAUGGCGGAUCAGGAGGAUGAGGAGCUGCAGAUGGCGCUCCGUAUGAGCCUGCAGAGCUCGCCACCGGAGGCGAAGAGAAGUAAGCAGCGGGAGAUAGCUGAGGAGUCCGUGGAGGCAAGGAACCGGCGGUUACAGCGGGAGCUCAUGGCUUCUGCUGCCGAGAAGAGGAUCAGGGCCGCCGCCGCCGCCGCCACGGGAAAUAAGACUGUUAGCCCCGCAAAGCCGUUGUGCGCGAGAGAGGAGUCGCGGAAUGAGAGUGUUCCGAUGGCCAUCACGACUGCCACAGUAGCGAAGGAGGAGAUGAGCCUUCCGCAGCUGGAGAAGAGCAGGGUUUUAGGUUGUGGGGAGGAGUUAUCGUCGGUUGAUGCCGAGCAGUUGUUUCUUAUGGUGUUCGGAAGUUGCGUGUCAAAGGAUGUUUUGGCACAAUGGAGCAACCAAGGAAUCAGAUUUAGCUCUGACCCGGAAACUUGCAUGGGCUUGGUCCAACACGAGGGAGGUCCUUGUGGUGUGCUGGCUACCAUACAGGCUUAUGUAUUGAAGUAUCUUUUGUUUUUCUUGGAUGAUUUUGGUAAAGUCAAAGUCAAUAAUCCACUUUAUAAUUUAGAUCAGAAGAAAAUUUAUGGAAGUUCAAAUGCAGCAAGCAAUAAUUUUGCAUCUUUUACUGAAGAUAUAAAGGCAAGAGCACUGGUUCACAGUAUCGUUGAAAUAUUAUUUCUAUGUGGAAGUGGGAAACGGGCUGUUAUUGCAACAAUAAAAGUUCAAUGCCAUGAUGUGGAGGGAUCUGAAGCUGAUCAGCAUGAGAUGUUAGCAAAAGCCUUGGAAGGUCUCUCAAUUGCAUCAGCUUCAGAUUUACAGAAAAUUCUGAGAGUUAACACAUACAGCAUACAAGCAACUGCUAUGCAUCAUCUCAUGGAAGUGCUUCCUGUGUUUCGAAAUCGUAUGGGGGCAAUGCUGUUCCUUAUAUCUGCUCUACUGUCACGAGGACUGGAAUCCGUUCAGGAUGAUAGAGAUGAUCCUAGCCUACCACUGGUCACAGCUCCAUUUGGGCAUGCCUCACAGGAAAUUGUGAAUCUUCUGAUUUGUGGACAGGCUGUCCCCAAUGUAUUUGAUGGCCGGAUGGAUCUUGGUGGUGGCAUGUUCUUGAAGGGCAUACCCAUGACUCCGGAGAUUGGAUUCCUUUCACUUCUGGAAUCUCUCAAUCUGUGUAAGGUUGGCCAGCAUCUAAAAUGCCCUAGAUGGCCCAUAUGGGUAGUGGGUAGUGAGUCACACUACACUGUUCUUUUUGCUCUUGAUCCUGCUGUGCAAGAAGAGAACGAGCUGGAAGAGCGAGAGUCAAGGAUUAGAAGAGCAUUUGAUGCCCAGGAUCAGAGUGGAGGGGGAGGCUUUAUCAGUGUUGAAGGAUUUCAUCAAGUUCUCCGGGAGAUGAACAUUAACUUUCCUCCUGAAAGGCUUGACAACCUUUGCAGCUCAGGGUUCAUAGUAUGGAGUGAGUUCUGGCAGGCCUUGCUGGAUCUUGAUAAAGGUUUAGGGGGCUUAAAGGACUCAUCUGGAUUAAUGGGCAAGAAGCAGUUUGAUCUCUACCAUUUUAAUGGGAUUGCAAAAUCAGUCUCCAAUGGUACGUCUGCUGGAGGUGAGAGUCCAUUGCAGAGACCGCGGCUUUGUAAGUUGAGUGUCGUGGUGCCUCCUAGGUGGACCCAAGAAGAGUUUUUGGCUGAUGUGGUGAGUAGCUCAAGCAAUGAUUCCAGCACAAGAGAGACUGGAAUCGUCGAGCUUAAUCAGCCUCCGCAACCUCCUCAGCAUGCACCACUAGUUGACUGCAUUAGAACGCGUUGGCCACGAGCCAUAUGCAGUUGGAUCGGAGAUGCUCCCAGUAUCGUGUAAAGGGAAGUUCCCAUGAAAGGAUAGUCUUUUCCGUACUCCUGCCAUGUUACCUGCUUCAACCUACUUUGCAGCUAGAAAUGUCUGAUUGUGGUGAUUGCUACCAUCAAUUUGUUUAUUUAUGUGGUGUAAUUUUGUCCCAAAACAAAACUGACAUUUGAGGGUUUUUUUUUUUUUUUUUUUACCUUGCCAAAAAGAAUGCUCAAUAUUUUCUCGGCCAUUUGGUAGAGGCUCACAUGUAGCUCAA